ACUGAAGCCGUUAGCUGUGCUAGCGCUAUUUAACCACAAAGCUAACAUUGUAAAGUCGCGCUCUUAAGCGGUCUGAAAAGGCUGUACUAUAAUCUAACUAGCUCCUUAAAGCUACCCAGUUUCCAGUUUACCCACCGCAUGACAGAGGUGCAGUCGUGAAAGUAAUGACUAAUUUAUAUUUAGGGGUCAGGUUGUAUUUUUAGCAUUAGCCUCUGAAGGUCUGACUGGCAGACAUGGAGACUCGGGGGAUUGAAGACAUGUUUGACUUUCGUCGGUUUCCCAAAGAUGCUGUCGUUCUUCUGCUGUUGCUGAUUUACUUUCCAGUCGGCAUUUCUUUAAUGUUCAUACGUAUUUUUAUUGGUGUUCAUGUGUUCCUGGUCAGCUGUGCACUUCCGGAGAGUUUUAUAAGAAGAUUUGUUGUGAGGGUUAUGUGCUCCGUGCUGGGGAUGCAUGUGAGACAGAAAAAUCCCCGCUCCAGAGACAAAAACACCAAGCUGUACAUAUGCAAUCAUGUGACAGAGUUCGACCACAACAUUAUCAACCUCCUGACCCCCUGCAACACACCCCAGUUAGAUGGCUCCACAGGCUUUGUGUGCUGGGCCAGAGGCUUCAUGGAAAUCCACGCAGGCUCCGGAGCGAUAGGAGAGUCUCUGCAGAGUUACUGCUCUGCUGAAGGCACCACACCUUUGCUCCUGUUUCCCGAAGAGGACACCACAAAUGGCCGCGCCGGUCUUCUCAAAUUCAGCUCCUGGCCUUUCUCACUGACUGAAUCCAUCCAACCUGUGGCCUUACGGGUGACCAGACCAUUGAUCUCUUUGAGCACACCGGAGUCCAGCUGGCUGACGGAGCUCUUAUGGACAUUUUUUGUUCCAUGGACAGUGUAUCAUGUAAGUUGGCUCCCAACAGUAUCCAGACAAGAUGGCGAGUCGACACAGGAGUUUGCCAACAAAGUCCAGGAGCUGCUAGCUGCUGAACUUGGCUUGGUUGCCACCAAAAUCACUAAAGCUGAUAAAGCAGAGCACAUCAAAAGGACAAGACACAUUGUUCCACAAACAACCACAAGUGUAACACCUGGCUCUAUUGGGCUUGGAUUCAUGAGUUUGGGCACAGAUGACCGCAGGAUUGCUAAGAUGGCUCAGCAGGUGAAGGACGUGUUGCCCCAUGUUCCACUGAAUGUCAUCACAAAGGAUUUAGCAAAAACCAAUUGUGUUGACACCACCAUUACAAAUCUGCUGGAGAACAAGGAGGAAACAUCAAUGGAAGCAACAGGGAUCUCGACUUUUGGCCCUUCCACGAUCAGCUCCUAUUCUUCUGGUCCUGCUCCCACCUUAAAGCCUGCUGCCAAAACUUUUGGGAAAUCACCAACCGACAGACAUUUGUCUCUCCAAGAAAGAAAAGAAGCGCUGUAUAACUUUGCACGAAGACGCUAUAUUGAAAAGCACGGAUUGGAGCAGGAAGACGGUCACUGAACAGUUUGGGUCAAGCAAUUAUGGAAAGAAGCAUAUUCACGUUGCAUAGCUGUCUGAUUUGAAUGGUGAUUUUAUAUUUCCCCAACCAGUUCUGUUGACAAAAAGGAUUUUGUUCUUAAGUAUUCGGGACAUGUAUAAGUUCAUGGAAUGGUGAUUAUGCAUGUGUUCAAUUUUUCAUUCUGGCUGAUACAUAAUUUUGAUAACAGUUUGUAUUACAAUCCACUGACUGUGAAUCAUCUAUUUAUUUUUAUAAUGUCCAGAGUUGUUGAUGGAAAUAAACCUCUGCUUGACCUUGCUUUAAUGAAAUGAUUUCACAUCCAUGUGUUGUCAAGAGUUUGGUAUGUGAUUAAGAGGCCCCAGGUUUUGGCAAGUAAAGUGAAAUUUGACUUCCA